CACGUCCGCCUCCCGCAGCGCCCGCCGGAGCGGAGCAGGAGUAGGAGCAGGCCCUGGCCGCGGCCCCGCCGGCCCCCGCCGCCGCCAUGGUGGGCCGGGAGAAGGAGCUCAAGAUCCGCUUCGUGCCGGGGUGCUGCGAGCUGGUGGAGGAAGAUGUUGAUAUUCCCAGUAGGCGAGUUUUGAUCACUGGUGCUACAGGACUUCUGGGCAGAGCCAUGUUUAAAGAAUUCCGUGAAAAUAAUUGGAAUGCAGUUGGCUGUGGAUACAGGAGAGCUCAGCCCAGGUUUGAACAGAUCAAUCUUCUGGACUCUGUGGCAGUUCAUGACAUCAUCCAUGACUUUCAGCCUCAUGUUAUAGUGCAUUGUGCUGCUGAGAGAAGGCCAGACAUUGUGGAAAGUCAACCAGAUGCUGCUUCUCAGCUCAAUGUGGCUGCCUCAGGGAACUUGGCAAAAGAGGCAGCUGGAGUUGGAGCGUUCCUGAUCUACAUCAGUACAGACUAUGUAUUUGAUGGAACAAGCCCUCCUUACAAAGAGACUGACGUACCAAAUCCCCUCAAUUUAUAUGGUAAAACCAAACUGGAGGGUGAAAAGGCAGUCCUGGAAAACAACGAAGAUGCUGCAGUACUUCGGAUUCCUGUCUUGUAUGGAGAGGUAGAAAGACUGGAGGAAAGUGCUGUGACUGUUAUGUUUGAUAAAGUGCAGUUCAGUAAUAAAUCUGCCAACAUGGACCACUGGCAACAAAGAUUUCCUACUAAUGUCAAGGAUGUAGCAAGUGUUUGCAGACAACUCGCCGAGAAGAGGAUGCUGGACCCAUCAGUAAAAGGAACGUUUCACUGGUCUGGCAAUGAACAGAUGACUAAGUAUGAAAUGGCGUGUGCAAUUGCAGAUGCUUUCAACCUUCCCAGCAGCCACUUGAGACCGAUUACCGAUUGUCCAGUUGUGGGUGCUCUUCGUCCGAGGAAUGCUCAGCUAGACUGCUCCAAGCUGGAGAUGCUGGGGAUAGGUCAGAGAACACCAUUUCGAGUAGGGAUCAAAGAAUCUCUUUGGCCUUUCCUUGUUGACAAGAGAUGGAGGCAGACAGUCUUCCAUUAGUUUGUAACUUUUUUAGUAAAAGUAUGGUAUGUGGCACUUUUUUAAAAGAAAAAAAAAAUAGUUUUGUAUGAGUGUUCUUAAAUUGUGACAUAUAUGAGUUUUCAUUUAAUUGGGUAAACAUAUGGUCUUGCACUAGUGAAAUUGUUACCCUAAAAGAAGUUCAGUGACAAAACCUGAGCCUAUUUGAUGUCAUGGAUCUUUCCUUUCGUUUGUACCAGUUGAACUUAAUGUCUAUUCCUAGCGGAUUAUGGUUCUUAGUACCAUUUGAUGCUGAGAAUGACUCAUCACUUGUACACUUACUUUUGGCUGAAAUAUGUUGUUGAUGCUUAAGGUCUGUGCCAUUGUUGUAUAUACCAUUUCUCUUCAUUAAAAGACAUGGUCAGUUACUUUAUUACCACAAAUCUGAGGUUUUUGUUUUUAACUUCUGGAGGUGUUCUUAUGAAGUUAAACUGAAGUAGGAAUUGUUAAAUGUUUGUUUUGCUUGAGCUCUGAUCAAAAUGUUUUUUUAAAAAAGUGAAACUUUAUUUUUGCAAUUAUCAAGUGUACUUUUUAUGCUUGAAAUAUUUUCAGAAUGUUCUGUAACUUGAAUGCUUGCAGCUUCAUAUUUGUACUGUAAGUUGUAUGCAUUUGUUUUAAUGGUGACAUAUUAAAGCUAGGAGAGGGUUGGGAGGGUGAGGGACAAAUAGUUUUGACCUGGGUUUUUUUGGGCAGGGGAACUUGAGUUGGAUGAUUUUGUUUUUUUCUUGAGCGGGGGGGGUUGUUUGUGUUUUGUAUAAAAGCAUGUAAUACCUUCAUCUUUCUAUUUCUUUUGGGUAAUAUUUGGGACUGGUGAAAUUAGGGGGAGGAAGAUGUUUGUUAGUCAACAUGUGCGAGAGGGAGAGGAAAAGUAUUUGAAGAAUUUGUAGCACUGCGGCUUCUUUUGCACAGACUCUCAGGUCUUGCACUGAUGUAGCUUGUUCUGGAAAAGCAAAGCAUGUAUGAUGAAGGUUUGCACCAUAAUAAUGUAACUGCAAUAGUUUAAUAUAAGCGAAUCUUUAAUCUGCUUUAGUCUAGUCCUUGAAGUUGGACUCAAAUAGCCAGGUAAAGUGGAGGAAGAACAUGGUUUGCAAAGGUUAACUUCCUUCUGAAGUUGUAGAAUCAGCAAUUGAAAUGUUCUGAGAUAGCCAGCAGAUGAUUGUUAAAACUAGGAAAAGCUGUAUUUGAAUGAUCAUUUAUUUUUCUGAGGUUGAAAUGAAGGGGGAGGGGAAGAUGUUCAGCUUUUAUUUAAAGAAAAAAAAAAAGGGAGAGGGGCACAACACAAAAAUAAACCAAAUGAAUAUCUUCUAAAGGUCAGCUUUAUAUUCAGUCAUUUAAUUUCCAUCUGGCAUACAUUAAGAGUUCGUAAUCCCGUUAUGUUUUUAGUCUGAAGUCCUGAUAUACACAUGGUAAACUAUCUCCCAAAUGACAAUAAAUAUAUAUUGCCAGCAUGAAAAA